AUGGGAAAAAAAGAGAAGCAAGCGGGGACGGACUUGGGUGAAGCCCAAGAAAAGGGUACUUUCCAUCUGAAACCUUCGACUGCUCAACCAAACCUUAAAUCCGAUCAAUGGCCUCUUCUUUUAAAGAACUUCGACAACAUGAAUGUGCGCACAAAUCAUUAUACCCCUCUUCCGGAUGGAUGCUCUCCACUUAAAAGAGAAAUUCGGAAUUAUAUUUCGUCAGGUUUUUUCAAUUUGGACAAACCAGCGAAUCCGUCGUCACACGAAGUUGUCGCAUGGAUCAAGCGAAUACUUCGAGUUGAAAAAACUGGCCACAGUGGAACACUUGAUCCUAAAGUAUCUGGAUGUCUAAUUGUUUGCAUUGAUCGCACUACUCGCCUUGCUAAGUCUCAGCAAGGUGCUGGCAAGGAAUACGUAGCGAUUUUCAAGUUGCACAACCCUGUUGAAAGUGAGAAGAAGAUAAAACAGGCCCUCGAAAAGUUGACUGGCGCUCUCUUUCAACGUCCUCCUCUGAUCUCAGCUGUGAAGCGUCAGUUGCGCGUCAGGACCAUUUACGAAAAUAAGCUAAUCGAAUAUGACAAAGAACAACAAAUGGGGAUUUUCUGGGUAAAAUGCGAAUCUGGAACGUACGUUCGAACAAUUUGUGUCCAUCUUGGUCUUCUUCUAGGCGUUGGAGGUCAAAUGCAAGAACUGAGAAGAAAUAGGUCUGGUAUCACCGAUGAACACGACCAGCUUGUAACAAUGCAUGACAUCCUCGAUGCUCAAUACGUUCUUGAUCACCACAAGGAUGAAUCCUAUAUGCGACGCAUUGUUCGACCAUUAGAAGCACUUCUUGUUGAACAUAAACGAAUAAUCGUGAAAGACUCCUCUGUGAACGCCAUCUGUUAUGGAGCUAAGAUCCUUUUACCUGGUAUAUUACGAUAUGACGACGGUAUAGAAAUAGGGCAAGAGAUUGUUGUUGUUACAACGAAAGGAGAAGCUGUUUGCAUAGCAAUCGCACAAAUGACUACGUCAACGAUGGCUUCAACGGAUCAUGGUGUUGUGGCAAAGUCAAAACGGGUAAUCAUGGAACGGGACGUUUAUGGUCGAAAGUGGGGUCUAGGUCCUGUUGCCAGCAAGAAAAAACAAAUGAUCAAAGAUGGACUACUAGACAAGUUCGGCCAACCUAAUGAUAAAACACCGUCGAACUGGAAGGUUGUUGACUACGCAGCGGUGAAAACAGAACCAGAGACUGAUGAAGUGAGAAAAGAAUCUGUUGAGACUACGGGAUCACCGAAACAAAAGAAGCAAAAGAAACAAAAGGAACCAAGUAGUUCAUCUGACUCGGAUAGCAGCGAAUAG